AUGGCCGAGCUGUGCCCGCUGGCCGAGGAGCUGUCCUGCUCCAUCUGCCUGGAACUCUUCAAGGAGCCGGUCACCACCCCGUGCGGUCACAACUUCUGCGGGUCGUGCCUGGAUGAGACGUGGACCGUCCAGGGCCCACCGUACCGGUGCCCCCAGUGUCGCGACUCGUUCGCCACGCGCCCCACGCUGCAAAAGAACACGGUGCUGUGCGCCGUGGUGGGACAGUUCCAACAGGCCGAGCAGGCUCGGGUGCCCACCGACGAGUGGACACCUCCUACCCGCUCCGGGGCUCCCAGUCCAGCCAGCCAGGUGGCCUGCGACCACUGCCUGAAGGAGGCCGCCGUGAAGACCUGCCUCGUGUGCAUGGCUUCCUUCUGCCAGGAGCAUCUGCGGCCGCACUUCGACAGCCCCGCUUUCCAGGACCACCCCCUGCAGUCGCCCGUGCGAGAUCUGCUGCGGCGCAAAUGUCCCCUGCACAGCCGCCUCCGGGAGUUCUUUUGCCUCGAACAUGGCGAGUGCAUCUGCCAUAUAUGCCUGGUGGAGCACAAGGCCUGCGCCCCCGUACCCCUGGGCCAGGCCAGCGCCGAGCUGGAGAACAAGCUGAGGCAUAAGCUGACCGUCACGUACAGUCACAUCAACGGGGCGACGAAAGCACUGGAGGAUGUGAGAACCAGGCAGCAAGGCUUGCGGGAGUCGGCGAACAGGAAGAUGGAGCAGCUGAAACAGGAAUAUAUGGAAAUGAAGGCUCUCAUUGAUGCGGCCGAAGCCAUGUCCACACGCAAGCUGAAGGAAGAGGAGAAGAGGGUCAGCAGUAAGUUCGACUCCAUUUACCAGGUGCUGCUCAAGAAGAAGAACGAGAUGCAGAACCUGAAGGCGGAGGUGGAGCUCAGCCUGGCCAUGGGGGACGAGUUUGAGUUUCUGGAGAAAGCGGCAAAACUGCAAGGGGCCUCGACGAAGCCAGUCUUCAUCCCCAAGGUGGAGCUGGACCAUGAACUGAUAAAGGGGGUCUACCAGGGUGCUGUGGACCUCAAGAACGAGCUGAAGACCUCUCUCAAGCGGGUGCUGGAGAAAAAACCUGAGGACCCUUCAGGCUCAGGCACAGGUGACGCUGGAGACCACGGCACAGACUCCACGUACAAGUCCUCACGCCCCACGAAGAAAAUCCCACAAGAAAAGAAGCCAAAGAAAACCACUGCUGGCCCUACCUCCAGCCCUACCUCAUCCAAGCUUCCCACCUUUGGCGCCCCUGGACAGUCAGCAGAUAUGAAACCACCAGGCCUGGAUGCUUCAGCCAAACCCACCACCUCACAGCCAAACUCUACUUCUGCAGCUCUCAAAGCCAAGGUGCUGGAAAACUUCUUAGCCAAGUCUAGACCUGAGCUCCUGGAAUAUUUUGUUAAGGUCACCCUGGACUACAACACUGCCCACAACAAGGUGGCUCUGACGGACAACUACAGCACAGCGUCUGUGGCCGACGUCCCCCAGCACUACCGGCCGCACCCCCAGAGGUUCACCUACUGCUCUCAGGUCCUGGGCCUGCACUGCUACAAGAAGGGCAUCCAGUACUGGGAGGUGGGGCUGCAGAAGAACAACUUCUGCGGGGUGGGCGUCUGCUACGGCAGCAUGGAGCGGCAGGGCCCCGAGAGCCGGCUGGGCCGCAACAGCACCUCGUGGUGCGUGGAGUGGUUCAAUAGCAAGAUUUCUGCCUGGCACAACAACGUGGAGAAAACCCUGCCCACCACCAAGGCCACGCGGGUUGGCGUGCUUCUCAACUGUGACCAUGGCUUCCUCAUUUUCUUUGCCGUCUCGGACAGGGUCCACGUGCUGUAUAAGUUCCGGGUGGACUUUACUGAGGCUCUGUACCCCGCCUUCUGGGUGUUCUCUGUGGGGACCGUGCUCUCCAUCUGCUCCCCCAAGUAGACAGGCCGGUCGGCAGCCCACGUGGACUGUCGCAAAUGCUGCAGGUGGGAGGGGCCUUCCUUGGAGACCUUCUCCAAGUCCCCAGCAGCUGGAAGAAUGGGAGGGAGUGGGAUGAUUACCUUGUGGACGGGGAAGCCAGCCUCCUGGUGCUGGUCAGGGCGGAGCAACCUCCUCCUACUGAUUUUUCUUUCU